AUGGCUUCAAACUCAACAGAUCCAUCCACCGCAGAUGAUGAUGACUAUCAAGUUCGAUAUGAAGAUGAAGAAUAUGAUGAUGAAAGGACCAUUGAGGAAGAAGAACAGUUGGGUAGUGAUGAUGAAGAAGACGAAUUAGAUAAUCUGCAGGCUGAUGCAGAUUUGCCUUUGGAUGAAUUAUUAAAAUUAUAUGGUCAAAAUACAUCACAUGUUCUUAAUAAACCACCGGAUGAAGAUGAUAAUGAAUCAACUAGUUCUUCUGAUGAUGUUAAUAGAAACGAUCGUCGCCCUCAAUUGCAUCAUUUUCUUCAAGGCAAUGGUCACUUAUUAGCUGAAAACGAUGAUGAUAACGAUUCAGAUGAUUCAUUCGAACCAGAAAUUGUUAAAUUUAUCAAAGUUGGUGAGGAAUACCAGGCAAUUGUUGAAGUAGAAGCUGAAUUUAAUUCAAUCAAUGGAAAAAAGGACGAUAGAGAAGUACCUGUUGAUGAACAUCUUUGGUCGCCAUCCUCUGUGAAUAACGAAGACGAUGAAAAAAUUGAUAUUUAUCUCAAAACGAUUCGUAAUGAAUAUUCAUUUGCUGAUGUUGAAAUAUCACUUCGGACUCUAUUCAAUUGUCAAAUGGAUACAGAAUCAGCACUUGUUAAAUUUCGUCAAUUACCUGUGAAAACAAUUUAUACUUAUUGUGAAUGGACUCUCGAUGAAAUUCAACAUCUUGAAGAAGGUUUACGUGAAUAUGGAAAAAAUUUCCAUAAAAUAGCUCUUUAUAAAUGUCAAAAUCGAAGUGUUCGUGAAAUAAUUCAUUACUAUUAUCAAUGGAAAAAAAGUGAACGAUUUCAUUCAUUUAUCGAAGAACAGCAACGUCUUAGUGCAAUCAGUUCUGUCACUGACAUGAUUGAAAGAUUAAUUGAAGAACAAGAACAACAACUAUGCACAGCAACUAAUGUAAUUAAUUCAGCAAAUUCUUCUUCUAUGCUUUCGAGUGACCAUAAACGAAAUUCGCCAAAUUCUUCAAUUUCGAUUGUUUAUCAACAAGAAACUACAUCAACGAAACGAUCGUUUGAUCAAGUUGAGAAUGAUAUUGAACCACCAUCAAAAAAGCCAACGCUUAAUACGAACAAUUCACCAACGACAACUGUCAUUUAG